CGCCUCAUCUCUAUGGCGGCCACUCGGCGGUCGCGGGCGCGGAGCAGCAUGAUCGCAGGAGGAGGCGCCGAGGUCGCGUCGGGGUCCCGAGAGGGCAGUCCCGGAGGGGCUGACUUUGCCCCGUCGGCCCUGGGGACCCGACAGCACUGGGAUGCUGUCUAUGAGAGAGGACUGAACAAUUUCCAAGAAUAUGGGGACAGAGGAGAAAUUUGGUUUGGGGAAGAGAGUAUGAAUCGACUGAUAAGGUGGAUGCAGAAACAAAAGAUUCCACUGGAUGCUUCAGUGCUUGAUAUUGGAACUGGAAAUGGUGUUUUCCUGGUUGAACUUGCAAAGCUUGGUUUCUCUGAUAUUACUGGAAUUGAUUACUCUCCCCCUGCAAUACAGCUGUCUGGGAGUGUCAUAGAGCAAGAAGGCUUCUCUGACAUUAAGCUGAAGGUGGAAGACUUUCUGAAUCUCUCCCCAGAGCUGUCUGGAUUUCACGUUUGUAUCGACAAAGGGACUUUCGAUGCCAUAAGCCUUAAUCCUGAUAAUGCAGUUGAGAAGAGGAAGCAGUAUGUGAACUCUCUCUCCAGGGUGUUGAAAGUGAAAGGCUUUUUUCUAAUAACCUCAUGUAAUUGGACCAAGGAAGAGUUGCUGAAUGAAUUCAGUGAAGGUUUGCUGAAGUUUGAUGAGAAUAUGAAUUUCACCCUGGCUGGUGUAGCUCAGUGGAUUGAGCGCGGGCCUGUGAACCAAAGGAUCGCAGUUCAAUUCCCAGUCAGGGCACAUGCCUGGGUUGCAGAUCAGAUUGCGUUACUACCUGUGAAGCUCUCAGAACGGUGCCUGGCACAGGGUGGGAACUCAACACCUGCUAGCUGCUUCCUGCAAACAGGAUUGGAACUUGUCGAAGAGUUGCCAACACCCAAGUUCAGCUUCGGAGGCCGACCUGGAAGCAGUGUAGCAGCAUUGGUUUUCCAGAAAAUGCGAGACUUUUCAUUGGACAAAUCCGGUUAGCUUUUUUUAAAGGAGCUCCGUGUCAGAGUGAACCUGACACUGAAAGUGCAAGUGCAAGUACAUGCGUAGCAAGCGCACCGGAUGCACAUGUCGGACGGAAGCAGAGACCAUGAGUGUGGACGUGGGUGGGUUUUAGAGACAGACCGAGAAUAGUUUUACAUGCUCUUUUGUAUUUGAAUGUAAGUAUUUUUUCUUUUUGAUUAAAAACAAUUUUCUGUACCUGAUGAACAGUUAAAAACUUUAAAGCAGUAAAUGAAUUCUCAGAAAGCA